GGGCUCGACAGUAUACUGUUAUCAUGACAGUUUUAACUCCGUGUUUUUUGACUUGUAAACCGUUUAACAACUAGUUUUUACCGUUUAAUCAAGAGCUGAGGCACCGUGUGAAGGAGCGCUUUUAUCAGACUCCUCUAUCAUAUUUUUUCAUGAAGUGUUACCUGACAUUGAAAUGCUGUUGUGACCGACGGAGCUGUGUUAGCUUAGCAGGCUAGCUUCUCUUUGGAAUCACAGCGAGUCAUCUAGUGUUAUCUGUUAGCUAACAGCUAUCAGGAGCCACAGCAGCAGCGCCGAGGAACAAGGAGUCAAGUAGGGGACUUGCACACACAUUCUGUUGGAGGACAGAUCAUUUUGGGAGCAUUUGAUGACAAUAAGUUUAUUAAAAGCAUGAGCUGCCCUCCCACCAAACGCCUCCGAGGCCUCAACCACGAAGUAGCAACAGCGGCUGCUUUCGAUGACCCAUUUGGAGAUGACGAGGACUUCACCCAAGACGACUUGGCUGAGAUUGACAUCAUUGCCUCACAGGCCAUCACCUCGACAGCUACGGGGGCGGGGCUCGGGUCUAAACCAGAAACCAAACAGGUGGAGUCGGCCCUUGGUUUGGCCUGGUCGCGGUCUGCAGGGCAGAGCAAACCUCUGAGCAGAGCCACAACGAAGCAGAGCAGAGAGAACAUGUUUGAGUUCAGCAGCAGCAACAGAGGGAAUGCAGGGGUACCAAGCAGAGAGCCUCUUGGUAACAGGCAGCAUCAGUUUGGUUCACACAGAGAGGACUCCUACGGUCUGCUGGAGGCCCAGCAUGCAGAGCUGAAGAGGAAGCUGAAGGAGGUGGAGGAUGAGAUUGUUUUGAAGAGCGGGGAGAUCCGUGUCCUGAGGGACUCUCUGAAGGCAGCUCAGCAGGAGAAGGAGGCUCAGAGACACACCCAGGUCCUGCUGGAGACCCAGAGACAGAGAGAGCAGAGUGACAGGGAGAAGGAGCUCAGCAGGAAGGUUCAGUCUCUGCAGUCUGAGCUGCAGUUUAAAGAAGCAGAGAUCAAUGAGAUGAAGACCAAACUACACAGUUCAGACAGAAACAAGAUGGCCUCUCCACUGCCAAGAAACAGUCCUAAAGUGCUGAGCAGUCUUGGCCAGGUGCAUCAUGGGAGCGGCAGCAGCUCCUCCUCUCCAUCAGGAAACGGUUUCAUCACCAAGGAGAUGUUUGGAGCCGAGGUGCCGUCCAGAAUGACGCCUGUGAAGACGCCGAUGAAGACACGGAGAGACGCAGACAGAGGGGCGUCCAGCAGCAGAGAAGUGUCUCGCCCAGACCCCUUCGUGUCUGUCAGACCUCCACACCUGCAGCACCAAGGUGGAGUCCUGCUGGGGUUGUUGCUGCAGCAGCCUCUGUCUCCCAGCAGCCCCAACCUCUCUCACCUGCUGUCUAUGGAUCUGACAGACAUUCACCAGGCAUCCAGUGGGCUGUCAGCAGGUUUUCUGCUCCAGUCUGAUGCAGCGGCAAGUGUCAGUGGAGGUGGUUCUCCCAGAGCCGCCCUGAGUCCGGUCCAGAGUCUGGCUAUAACUGGACUAAACAUGCUCAGUCAAAGCCGAACAGCAGCUCCAGCCAAAAGCAGAAACAACAGGUCAUGUCCUGGAGCCAUCCUUCUCCUCCCUCUGUUGGACCUUCACCUGUCUCGCCUCUGUCAGGCUGUGGACUCACUGCGUUCCAACUCUGCCGUCAGCAAUGGUUCGGAUUCUGCUGCUGCCAGCUCGCUCCCAGCAGGCCAUGCUGCUCCCACAGCUGGACUGGGAAGACUUGAGGAGACUGGUUUGUGUGGUUUCAGCAUGGAGGACACUGGUUUGGCUGCUCUGCGACUCCUCCAUCUGCUGCUGGCCCACAGUGAUGAGGUGGUGGAGGCAGUGCUGUCAAAAGAGAGUCGGAGCAGAGUUACAGACCUCAAGAUUGAACCAUCCUCUGCAGGUGUUGGUCUGUACUCCCAGAAUGCCUUGCUGCAGUCACUGUUACGGCUGUGUGAAGCAGGACUUGGCGGCAGCAGCAUCUCACAGAGGGAGGAGCUGGUCCUCAGCGCCCUGAAGACAUUGUGUGUCCUAAUCGAGAGGACACCACAAACACACGCUGACAGGUUGCAGUGUGUGUUGCAGGUGGUGUGUGCGUGUUUGUCAGGAGACAGCAGGUUGCAGACGAUUUCAGAGUGCGUGUCCGUCCUCAUGUCGAUGUCGGACCAUCAGACGCUGGCUCGACAGCUCUGCUCUCUGCACGACCCCUGUGUUUUCCUUAAGUUAUUCCAGUAUAUCAGAACCAGACCAGACAACCAGGCAAUACACACAAACUGGAUUCUGCUGGACCUGCAGGUGGUUCGUUUGUUGAGCAGACUAAUGACUCAGAGAGCCGAGAGCUGGACCACAAACCUGCACAGCAGCUGUCAGUGUAACACUGAGUUGGUUCAGACAGUGGUGAUUGUUUUCCAUCGUCAGUGGUUGGACCUUCGUGGUUCUCAGGAGCCGACAGACUCAACAGGCCCGUCCCCGCCCUCACCUCAGUGCUCCACCCCCUCGUUGCCAUGGUGGCGCAGCCCGGCAGCGUCUCUGCUCAGAGAGUGUCUGCUGCUGCUGCACUGGCUGCUGCUGCAUCACGGCAGCUUCUCAGAGAGCUGCAGGCCACUGCUGCACAUGUACGACCAGGUGAUCCCCGCUGUCCGAGACACGCUGAGGAAGAUCCCAGAGCUGAACGAGAGCGAGGAGCUGGCGUUGGAGGAGAUCUGCCGCUCGGAGGGCGACGACACCGAUGACAUGGACACUGAUACAGGUUCCUGACCGACUCCAUCAGUGAGCACUGAACAGACACGAGAGACAGUUUACUGACUGUCUGUGAUGUUUCAGACUGAGACGAGGACAGAGCAGAGGGUCUGUUUUCUGUCAAACGUUUGAGAUGAAGUGGACAUGGACAGAAAUUAAGGAUUAGAGAGACGUCAGUGGUCUUAACUGAAGUGAAGGACAGUCACAAGUUUGGUGUGGUGUCUGAUGGGAUUUAACAAUAAAACAUGAAGGUGAGAA